CUCCCGUCCGUCAGUGUGAGAGUGUGACCAGCUCCUCAGCUCUUCCAUCCAUAUCCAAUUCCUUCUUCUGUGCCCGUGCCUAGCUAGCUACAUCUCUAGCUCUAGGCUCUAGCUAUGGAGACCAUGGAGCUGGGGCGGCUGACGUGCCUGGUGGCGGUGGCGUUGCUGGCGCUGGCGACGGUGGCACGGUGCGACCCGCAGGUGCCGUGCUACUUCAUCUUCGGCGACUCGCUGGUGGACAACGGCAACAACAACUACAUCGUCUCCCUCGCGCGGGCCAACUACCCGCCCUACGGCGUCGACUUCCCCGGCGGCUCCUCGGGGAGGUUCACCAACGGCCUCACCACCGUCGACGUCAUCGCUCAACUUCUGGGCUUCGACAAUUUCAUCCCUCCCUACGCCGAGACGGGCGGGGACCAGCUCCUCAACGGCGUCAACUUCGCUUCCGCCGCCGCCGGAAUCCGGGCCGAGACAGGCCAGCAGCUCGGCGGCCGGAUCACGUUCGCGGGGCAGGUGCAGAACUACCAGACGGCGGUGCAGACGAUGGUGAACAUCCUGGGCGACCAGGACACGGCGUCGAACCGGCUGAGCCAGUGCAUCUUUAGCGUGGGCAUGGGCAGCAACGACUACCUCAACAACUACUUCCAGCCGGCCUUCUACAGCACCGGCAGCCGCUACACCCCGGAGCAGUACUCCGAGUCGCUCAUCGCCGACUACCGCCGCUACCUCCAGGUCAUGUACAGCUACGGAGCCCGCAAGGUGGCCCUCAUCGGCGUCGGCCAGGUCGGGUGCGCGCCCAACGAGCUGGCGCGGUACAGCCCCGACGGCACCACCUGCGUGGAGCGCAUCGACAGCGCCAUCAAGAUCUUCAACCGCGGGCUGGUGGGGCUCGUCAACGAGAUGAACUCGCUCCCCGGCGCGCACUUCACCUACAUCAACGCAUACAACAUCUUCGCCGACAUCCUCGCAAACGCCGGCGCCUACGGGUUCACCGUCCCCAACGCCGGGUGCUGCGGGGUGGGGAGGAACAACGGGCAGGUCACCUGCCUGCCGUACCAGGCGCCCUGCGCUAACAGGGACCAGCACAUCUUCUGGGACGCCUUCCACCCGUCGGAGGCGGCCAACAUCAUCGUCGGACGGAGGUCCUACCGCGCCGCCUCGCCCAACGACGCCUACCCGAUGGACAUCGCCACUCUCGCCUCCCUCUGAUCUCUCACCUCAUCCAUCUCUUUUCAGUGUCUUCGUCAGGUACAGAAAUGUAUUUUGCUCUUGUUUUUCUUUACGGUGAAUACCCUCAUCAUGCAAUUUGUAACGGGUAUAGACAAAUAAUUGGUUUUCGUUGUAAGGGAUGCCUGAAUCGGUGGCAUCUCUGUUCGUGUUCAGCGGAGAGAAAAGGAGGAGUGCAGAAUUAAUCAAUUGGACAGUUAGAAUUCUGGGUUUUCAUUCGUA